GUAAAUCUUCAACAAAUAUUUGUAAAAAUAAUAAUUUUCAAUUAAAAAUUAAUUAAGGACAAUUUAAUUAAAAAUCUAGACUGUCAAUUUUGAGGCAAAGAUAGGUCCUGUUCUGUUGCCGUCUAGUCUUGCAUGUAUAAUAAGGGCAAGAAGAAACACAGUGCUUCAUGGCAAUCGGAGAAGAGAUAUGGACGGAGGAACCGAAACCAGGGCAGAUCGGAUCUGUUAAGAAUCGCCAUCGCCGAUCCAGAUCCGAGGACUUGAAUAAUGUGGGUGAGACACCGGGUUGGACUGCCAGAAAGAGGAAACUAUAUUUUGAUCCGAAUGUGGAUGAGACACCGGGUUCCACUGCCAGAAAGAGGCAACUACAUCUUGUGCCGAAUGUGGAUCAGACCCCGGGUUGGACUCCUCCCAAUGAGUGGAAACUAAUCUUUGAUCCGAAUGUGGCUGCACAGGAGUGGACUGCCUUUAGGUUGUUGAUUUCCACAACAGAUGUUGCUGCCUUUAAUCUUUACAAGCACAUGAAUAGUUUCAAGAAAUAUUAUCUCAGGAAGGAAAAUGUUGAAGUGAAUUUUCAUUCUGUAGCUACUGGAGUCGGAAUUGUUAUGGUAUUAGUGAAAAGGGACUCUAUACGCUCUGUGCUUCUGGCUCUUUUUGCUUUUGCGGUGCAUCACCGGUACCUUUUGCGCUCCAUGCCUUACGACAAAUGCGUCACAAGACUACUUGUACCGGCUGCACAUGCAAAAAAGUUAAUUAUUCUAUACACAUUGAAGUCCCAUCCGCACAGCCUUAAUAUGUAUCUAACAGGUAACAUGGCAGCUUUUUUCCCUGGUGAUGUGAUUGUUAAUGUGGAAGGGGACCGUGAGUAUGUACACAAAACAGUUGAGUCAGUUGUUUCUUAUCUCGGAGAGUUUGGAGUUGAUGAGAGCACGAUGUUAGAGUUAAAAAUUGGAAAAGGCAUUCGUUCAUCAUAUCAGGGAAUGUGUGUACCUGAAAAAACAUAUUCAGACGUGAAAGCUGAAGGAGAGUUUAUGGCUCGCAAAUGUCUGCGAAUUCCCCUGUCGUGUAUUGAUGAUCUCAUUGGUAAAGAUGGUGCAAAUAUCAUCAAAAAGAUAGGGGAAUCAAGUCCGGAGGUCUAUGUUUCCCUGGAAACAUUUACGCUUAGGGAAGUGAUUAUUCAUAUUGAGGGUAAAUGUUAUUCGGAUGUUGAGGUUGUUGUGGAUGUGAUGGAGGGUUUGAUUCGAGACCAAAAGAAAGAUGCGCAAUUUGUGUUUUGUAAGCACGAUUCAAGGGGGAGUCUAUGAUUUCGCAUACUUUCAUCUGUAUUACUUGGGGGACGUAAACACUAUUAUUAAUUGUUGCGGAAAUUUAAUACGUACGUAGUUACUAGUGUAGGAUUAGGCGUUAAAAUGUGAUCGAUUUAGAUUAGUUUCUUUUUUGAUGUCAAGCUAAAUCAAUUGCUAUAUGCAAA